AUGUUAUCACCAAAUUCUUUCCUUAUUCCCGCUUUUUUUUGGCUGCUUUCCCGGGCACUUGCGCAAAAUGCAACUACGAUAACCUCGGCAGGCUGUGUUGAUCCCUCAGGAUUCACGGCAUGCAUCAACGCGGCCGCCGACAAAGAAGCUACGUGCAUCAACGCUGCCGGCAGCGACGUUGUGGUCCUUGCAUGUGGAUUGGCGAAAGAAGUGGACGAGAUGCUAUGCUACAUGAGCGAUUGCUGGAAUAAAAUAUACUCUUGCGAAUAUCAAUACUUGGUGUCAAGCUAUCUCUUACAGCACACCACCGAAGUUAGCGUUCCUUUCUUUCCAGCCCCGGCCAAUGCCCCUGGCGGCUGCUCAUGCAAUAUGGGUGAUGUGCUAGUCAAUGCAACCACGAGCAUCAGUCUCAUUGAAAGCAAGUGUUCCAGUUACACGUUCUCCAGCUCGACCAAAUUAUCCGAGUGUCAGUGUUGUGCUCUUAGUGCAGCGCUGUCGGCGUAUGUUGCCCUUGCCUAUCUGCCCCUUCCAAAAUAUGUUCUGAAUCAUUUUUUGAAUAGAUUCUACGGAAUCUGCCCUACCACCGACAUGUCCCAGUUGAAUAUUGAGAGACUCACGGAGAAAGUCCGGGAAUAUAGCUCCAUCGUGGGCAGCUGCCCCAAUCUUGAUGCCAGUAUCUGCCUUGAUCAAUUUGGCAUCGGAUCCGCCGACCACGGUACAUAUGUCGACAUCGCGAAUCUCCCCUCUGGUGGGACUCAGAGCCUCAGCACCACGGAGGGAUCUGGGCCCUUGACAUCGCCGCCCGGGGGAGCGACCACCACAGUGAGUAUCCUGGGUGUGACGUACUCGGUGACUGCAGCCACCUACAAUGCCAACAAUGUGGAGUCCGGAAGUGCCAGUAGCGCCACCGAAACAUCGUCGUCCAGCGGAUCUGCUACUAGUGACGGCAGCAAUGACAGCCAGGGCAAUGCGGGACAGUUGGCCUACAAAGCACCUCUAUCGAGCAUGUACCUGGCGAUAUUCUUCCUUAUUUGGUUGGCUUGGCUGUGA